AAAAGAGGUUUCAUGCACAAAUAUACUGUCUCCCCCCAGAUAUUGUGAGCAUGGCACUUUCUGAUCACCCAAAGGGGGAAUUCAUAUCUCCGAAAACGAACAGAGAAUUCAGGGUGGAAGCCUACCCCAAUUUCAUUCCCUUCAUAGAUAGGAAAAAAUUAAGUUCGCAUCCAUAUAUUUUUGCUCCUGUUUGCCACUCGGGACAUUGGUGGUUAUGGCUGAUAAAUACAAGAACGCGGAAAUGUCAAAUACUUGACCCGCUGCACAAAAAAGCUCCAAGCCAUGAGAGAAAGGACAUUAAUAAAUUCACUGGAUAUGUAUUUUCGAGAUUGAUAGCAUAUGCCGGCGGGAAACCUCUCGAGAAAGGCGAAAAGGAGAAGGAAAUUAAAGCCCCAUAUGUUAAAAUUUCAGGCCAAAAAACAAGCUAUGACUGCGCUAUUUACGUAAUGAAGUGGCUUGAGUUAAUAGAGCCGGAAAACAUUAAAAAGGGGAAGUAUGAAUGGGAUAACUGGACACAGGAGGAGGUGGACCACUACAGAGUGGAAUAUGCUUCCCGAAUACUAUUUAGUGAGUUGAAUAGACAGAGAGAUCAGGCAAUUAGAGAGAGUAGUGCUAUAAGGCUGUCGAAGCCAUCCUCUGUAUUAUUGAGUCCGUUCUGUCAGAUUAAUUCUGAGGAUAUAGAAACUGGGUAGUUUGUAAAUUGAACA